AUGGUUGACAACUUGAGAGCGAUGUACAGAUGGUAUCUGUUCAAUCGAGUGCCAAAACUCAAGUCCCUGGCGUCCCCUGUUGUCGUAUUUGAUGCUUUGAAGGGGAUCAGAGCAGCACUUAGCUUGCUUUCUGCCUUGUCGUCCGAGUUCAAUGCAGCCUUGAAUCGAGCGGGGAAGCCCCCGGGCCUCCCGAACCCGAAGCCAACACGGCCAUAUUGGCUGAACAACCCACCAUUUCCAGAGCUAGUCGACAUUCGCUCUCCAGUACUUCCUGAAACGGCAGACGUCGCCGUCAUCGGGUCCGGCAUAGCUGGUGCUGCUGUUGUCCGAUCGCUUCUUCACGAGCGCCGACGUCGAGGUACUGUCUCGGGCAGCGAGUCUGGGUUGCCCGGCGAUGACAAUAUCAUCGUGUUCGAAGCUCGACAGCUAUGUAGUGGCGCCACGGCGCGUAACGGAGGACACAUCAAGCCUACCGCCUACGAGAUAUUCCCCCGUUUUCGCAAAACGUAUGGCCCGGAACGUGCUGCUGCGCUAACCCGAUUCCAGCUUCGUCACAUUGAUUGUCUGACGGAGCUCUGCGCUUCUGAGGGCAUCGAUGCCGCCGAAGCGAGGGAGGUCGAAACGGCCGACUUGUACCUCGACGAAGAGACGUUUCGGAAGGCUGUCGAAGGUCUUGCAGAAAUGAAGGAAUGGGUACCGGAGGUAGACGUCGAGGUAUGGGAGAGCGAUGAGGCGAGAAAGAAAUUCGGAGCAAACGAGAGCGUGGUCGGCGCGCUUUCCUACCGCGCCGGGGCAAUCUGGGCGUACCGCUUUGUCGUUUCCAUCUGGAAGCGCCUCCUGGACGACUUCCCCGAGCAACUCUUCGUGGAGACGAUGACACCGGUUGAGGCAAUCAGCACCAUCUCUCAUAUAUCUGGAAUUUUUCCGGCCGUCUUCCCGCCAAAAAGGGGCAAGGGUGCUUCGGUUGAGCAUGCGUGGUCGGGGAUUUUGGGCAUGACAGGCGACUUUCUCCCCUUCGUCGGUCGCCUUCACAGUGGCCUGACGGGCCGUAAGGUCGCCAGCAAGAAGGACGGAGGAGUGCAUGGAGAGUGGAUCGCGGCGGGCUUCGCCGGCGAGGGAAUGGUUUGGGCCUGGCUUUCGGGGACGGCUCUUGGCAUCAUGGUCGAUGGAUGCGAGGAGGAGGAGCUUGCUGCGGCCCCAGGCAGGCCGAAGGCAAAACUGUGGACUGGCUUCCAAAAGAGUUGA